GGCUGAGAUUGACAGAGGUGACCUACCCACGUCUAAGAACUACAGAUUUACUAAGUGCCUCGGAUGCCAGACUGGGACCACUACUCUAUUUAUAAGUUCUUCACCACAGUGAUUUUCCCUCUUGUAUGUUCUCUCUUUCAGCAGAAAAUCUAGGAGUCGGAUUGAAAUCUCCCAAUCUAUUCGUCCCCGUUCUAGAUUUCAUUAUGAGCUUUCAGGUUGUAUAUGAGCGUGCUCUCCUUUGAUAGGAUUAUGAAGCGUGAGGGUUCUUCACCAAGGAGCAAAAGGCACUCUGCAGAUCUUCUCAGUGCAUCGAUCUUGACUGUUCUUCUUAAAGGCUUUUAUCCUAGAAACGUAGUAAGAUAUGGUGGGAUUUCUGCAGGAAUUUUAUCUUUAAGUGCUACAGAACCAAAUCACUGAGCAGAAUGGACAGAUUGGACACAUCCGGUUUUGUAAGCGGUGGACGCCCUAUGAUAAAAUUCCUUGUAUUUUUUCAUUUAGCUUAUUGUGCGGACCCAUUAAACAGUAUGGUAAUGAUGCAGUUCUGAUAGGAGAGCUGUGCAUUCUUGGGUUUGAGUUGGUCCUGUGGUAGGGUGCAGUACUGAAGGCUGUUGGACUUCCAGGUGCCCAAAUCCCCUCGCAUCUGGUAUUUUCCACUCUUUUAUUUUUGAAAGGGUACAGAGAAUGGAUCUCAACUUGACAGAUAUCUUGUUCCCCGACGAUGGUCGACCAAUCAAUUCAUAUGGAGACAUUGGACGCAUCUCGGAUUGUGGUAAAACUGACAAUUUGGGUGAUACGGCAUUGCGUCUAGACUGUCUUGGUUACAGAAUGAGCAAGACUGCCAAAAUCAGCAAUCCUCAGAGAAACCACAAUACUCCAGCCUCGGAUGAUGGUUGCAGGUUGGUUCUUGGGUUAGGACCAAUGCCAAGUUCGUAUCUUGAUGAUUAUUAUCCAAUUGGGGCAACCAAAAUCAAGGAAUCUGCCACCCUAUUCAGCCAACUCUUGGCUGCUGACAGCGACUGCGAAAUCCUGAAACUUGGGCUUUCCAGAGGGACUGAGGAAAUUCGAGGUCCCCAUGAAAAUGCAGUUUCAGCACAAACCGAGCCCCAUCAAUCUUACUUCCAAAACCAACUGCCUGCCAACGGAAAAAGAAUACUCAUUCCAGUGGUGGACGAGGGUUCCACUUCAGCCAAGAGGAAGUCAGGUGGGUACAUGCCUUCUCUCCUCAUGGCUCCGAGGCUAGAGACUAGCAAGAACUUGCCAGAAACCAGAGAGCUUCUAGAGUCUGGGGCCAGUGCGGAACAUCAUCUUCAGUUUAGUCCUGGGCCCUCGGCCUCCACCGAAUGUUCGGUGGGCACGUUCUCUGAGCCUAUGACAGCUGCAGCACUUUCUGACCAUCGGAGCCACCAUCCAAAGAAGUGCAGGUUCAAAGGGUGUUCCAAGGGAGCAAGAGGUGCGUCAGGGCUCUGCAUCGCACAUGGAGGUGGGCAGAGGUGCCAGAAACCCGGAUGCAACAAGGGGGCCGAGAGCCGAACGGCAUACUGCAAGGCCCAUGGGGGAGGUAGGAGGUGCCUGUGCCUGGGCUGCACCAAGAGCGCAGAGGGUAAGACUGAGUACUGCAUCGCACAUGGAGGGGGCAGGCGGUGUGGGCAUCCAGACUGCACAAAGGCUGCACGUGGCAAGUCAGGCCUGUGUAUCAGGCACGGUGGUGGGAAGAGGUGCAUGGUGGAAGGAUGCACCCGCAGUGCCGAGGGGCAGGCUGGGCUGUGCAUCUCGCAUGGCGGGGGGCGCCGGUGCCAGCACCCAGGGUGCAACAAGGGGGCCCAGGGGAGCACCAUGCACUGCAAGGCUCAUGGUGGGGGCAAGCGGUGUGUGUUUGUUGGCUGCACCAAGGGCGCUGAGGGGAGCACGCCGCUCUGCAAAGGGCACGGUGGGGGGAAGCGCUGCCUAUUUGACGGCGGUGGCAUCUGUCCAAAGAGUGUGCAUGGCGGGACUGACUACUGUGUGGCGCACGGCGGGGGGAAGCGGUGUGCUGUGCCAGGCUGCACCAAGAGCGCCCGGGGGCGCACUGACUGUUGCGUCAGGCAUGGCGGGGGCAAGCGGUGCCGGUUCGAGAACUGUGGGAAGAGCGCACAGGGGAGCACGGAUUUCUGCAAGGCCCAUGGCGGAGGUAAGCGGUGCACGUGGGGCCAGGGCACGUGUGAAAAGUUUGCAAGGGGAAAGAGCGGGCUGUGCGCAGCCCAUGGCAGCAUGGUCCAGGACAAGGGGAAGGGCGGCGGAAUGAUCAGCCCCCACCUCUUCCAGGGGCUCGUGUCCAUGUCAACAAUGGGGAGCAGCUUGGACAAUGAUCAUUCCUCGGGACUGAGCGCGGUUUCGGACUGCGUCGAGUCAUCAGAGAACAGCGGGAGAAGGCAGCUAAUACCCCCACAGGUGCUGGUGCCUCUGUCCAUGAAAUCCUCAUCUUCCUCUUCACACAUGGGUUCUGAAAAGGGUACAAAAGAGAGUAGGAGCCGUAGCUUUGAUGUGCCAGAAGGGAGAGUGCAUGGUGGGGGCCUCAUGUCUCUACUUGGAGGAGAUCUGAAGAAUGCUGUGGAUGGAAUUGUCAAUUUGGAGGGUGUAAUUUAAAAUUUGAUUUGUCUAUAUGGAUUAGGAGGGAAGGGUGGAAUGUGACAAAUAGUCAUAGAGCUUUGCUUAGCCCACAUGCUUGUACAAAGAAUGCCAUCUACACGCCCACCAACUCUGUUGCCAGACAAGUUCAAUAUCCAAGCCGUCCAUUUGGUGUGUCUGUUAGUGUAGAUGUUCUCAUCCAAAAAAAUAAAUCUAGUCCAUUCAUCAGGUUGGUCAGCGUUAGGAACAGUUGAACUUGUAAAAGAAAUUCAGCCUAGUGUUUUUCAGCUUUGCAUUUGUUUAGUGAACUGUGGGCCACCUGAUUCUUAGUCGAGAGAAAGAUUAAACUAAGAUAAAUGGAUUGGAUCUGGUACCAAUGUACCAUGGGCGGAUGUGUGGCGUGUACAUGAGCAAUCUUGUAUACUACACGUGUGGGCAUAGCAAAUCUCAUAAUAAUGUGUCAAUUUGGGCUUAGCAAAUCUCAUAAUAAAUAAUAGUAAUGCGUCAAAUUGGGUUUGGGUUUUGUAAGUAAUGUGGAAAUUGAAAUAAGAAAUGCGAUUGGUGUAGGGGGUUAGUUUGGUAGCUUGUAUUUGACAUACAUUUGGUAAUUUAUCAUGGAAUUCAUGUGAAUUGAAAUCAGCAGAUCUGAUAA